AUGACAACCAUCCCUUCGCACAUCGAGAGCUAUGACCCGUCCAAGUUUUGGGUCGCUCCGGCCAGGAACUUCCGAUCGUCUGCGCGCUUACAUUUGCAGCACUUCCUUAUCCAAAACACCCUCGGCUAUCUCCUGGAGCCGGCCAUCGAGAAGUCCUUAACGGCUACUUCGCAGCAACUGAGAGUCGCCGACCUUGCUUGUGGUAACGGCGCCUGGCUGACUGAACUGCACUCCCACUUUGUUAAGAAGGAUAUCUUGGCCCAGCUGGACGGAUUCGACAUCAACCCAGUAAACUUUCCGGACGCAGCCUUCCUCCCGGCCUCGAUAUCUCUCCAGCAACUUGACAUCCUAGCCAAGCCCUUGCCUGCCGGCCUGAUUGGCAUCUACGAUAUAGUCCACAUCCGAGCCUUUGUCAGUGUCAUUCCCGAUGCCGACCUGACACCGAUUCUCUCCGUUGCCUCGGCGCUCCUGAAGCCGGGCGGGUUCCUUCAGUGGGAAGAAAUCCGAGGCGACAGAUUCAUUGUCGAGUCGCCUUCACCGCAGGUAUCCAAAGUGGUCUGCGAGAGUAUUGUGCAGGUAAUCCAAGGCGGCCUCCAGGCCAAAGGCAUCCGAAAUGACUGGGUAGACGUCCUCGACACGCACCUGGAUCAGUUUGGCUUUGACAACGCGCGAUUGCUCGUACAGGAGAAGAGAAAGCAGGAUUACAAGGGCUGGACUGAAGAUUACCUGAUGGUUUGGGAGGAGCUUGCCGCCUUCUUUCCGCCAAAGUCUGAGGCGCCAAAUGCACCCCUGUCGCGCGAGACGUGGAUCGAUCUGUUUGCAGACGGCAUCAAGGAAACCGAGCAAGGCGUUGUGGUACAUCAAGGAAGGGUCAUGACUGCGGUAGGCCAGAAGGCCCAAUAG